UUCCCCCCUUUCCUUCCUGGAAGGAUCUAGACACACCAGAUCCACAAGUCCCGAUGUCUUUAAAAGGAUCUGCCUGGGGAAUACGGCUCAUCUGCGCCCUGUGACACCCACCUGGAUUGUAGUGGAAAGUCCAACGGCCAUUUCUGCUGCAGCUGGCAUCAUGAAGGCCUGUGUCCCUCUUAUAGUGGUCAUCCUCUGUGGCCUGGCCUGGGCUGGAAACCUGGAGUCUUGCGCAUCUCGCUGUGAUGAGAAGUUUAACCGGGACGCUGCCUGCCAGUGCGAUCGUCGGUGCCCCCAUCAUGAUGACUGCUGUCCCGACUAUGAACAUCUGUGCGCUGCUGAUGAAGGUCCCCCCGAGCCAAAGGCAUUCUUGGAUCCGAAGGAUGCGAUCCCAGCCAGCCACCUGUAUUCUGCACCAAGUUCCUGCCAGGGCCGCUGCCGGGAAGCCUACGACAAGCACCACCCUUGCCAUUGCAAUGACCGCUGCCAAGAGUUUGGGGACUGUUGUGAGGAUUUUGACAGCCUGUGUGGAGACCGUGAGGGCUUCUCGCACAGCAGUGACGCCAUAACCACGGAGGAACUUCAGAGUAUUUCUGAGGUGAUCUACAGGGUAGAUACCAAUAAAGCUCAGAAGGAAGACAUUGUCCUCAACAGUCAAAACCGCGUCUCCCCGUCAGAGACAGGAAACCAAGUAGACCGAUGCCCGGAGCCGCUCUUCACUUACGUCAACGAGAAGCUGUUCUCCAAGCCUACUUACGCAGCCUUCAUCAACCUACUCAACAACUACCAACGGGCCACCGGGCACGGGGAGCACUUCAGUGCGCAGCAGCUGGAGGAGCAGGGUAUCUUCCUCAGGGAGGUCAUGAAGACAGCCGUCAUGAAGGAGCUCUAUGGCUUUCUCCAUCACCAGAACCGCUACAGCUCUGAACAAGAGUUCGUGGACGAUUUGGAGAACAUGUGGUUUGGGCUCUAUUCAAGGGGCCACGAAGAAGGGGACUCGAGUGGCUUUGAACAUGUCUUCUCAGGCGAAGUGAAAAAGGGCAAGGUGGUUGGCUUCCAUAACUGGAUCCGCUUCUACCUGCAGGAGAAAGAGGGUCUGCUUGACUAUUACAGUCACAACUAUGACGGGCCUUGGAAUUCCUACCCCGACGUCCUAGCGAUGCAGUUCAACUGGGACGGCUACUACAAGGAAGUCGGCUCGGCUUUCAUUGGCAGCAGCCCCGAGUUCGAGUUUGCCCUCUACUCUCUGUGCUUCAUCACCAGGCCAGGCAAAAAGUGCCGCUUAAGCCUGGGUGGCUAUCCUUUGGCCAUCCAGACCUACACCUGGGAUAAGACCACCUACGGAAAUGGCAGGAAGUUCAUCGCCACAGCCUAUGUGGUGUCUUCUACCCAGUAG